AGGAGAGGGAGUCGGCCCAGGUGUGGUCGGGCUGAGAUGUGAAGGAGAUAUUGUAGGGUGGGAUGUUUCUGUAGCGCCAGGAGUCCCAGCGUGUCACCGCCCCCCACCACCUAAGAAGGGGGAAUUGGUGUGGUGAGAAGUGCUGGUGGGCUCAGGGCUUGAGGGAGCCGUGCCCCGGGAGAUGCGCUGAGUGAGCAGUAGAGGCCUCAGGAAAGUGUCUUGAGAACCUGCAGAAGUAGGUUUGGGUGCUCGUCAGGAGGGAGGAUGAAGGAAACCUGCCGGAUCUGCGGCCGGGAGCUGUGUGGCAACCAGCGGCGAUGGAUCUUCCACACGGCGGCCAAGCUGAACCUCCAGGUGCUGCUCUCCCACGUCCUGGGCAGGGAGCUGUGCCGGGAUGGCAAGUCCGAGUUCGCUUGCAGCAAGUGUGCCUUCAUGCUGGACCGCAUCUACAGGUUCGACACCGUCAUCGCACGCAUCGAAGCCCUCUCCAUCGAGCGCCUGCAGAAACUGCUGCUGGAGAAGGACCGCCUCAAGUUCUGCAUUGCAAGUAUGUACCGCAGGAACAAUGAAGACUCUAGCGCGGAUGACAGAGCUGGGGAUGGGACCGUGGACCUUUCUAAUCUACCUGAUGUACGGUAUGCUGCCCUCCUUCAGGAGGACUUUGCUUAUUCUGGAUAUGAAUAUUGGACGGAUCAAGAAGAGCACAGCUUGGAGCCACACAGCUGCCAUGCUUCAGAGGGAGUGAGUAACCGCCCACGGCGCUGCCGUGGCUGUGCUGCGCUGCGCGUGGCCGAUGCUGACUAUGAAGCGAUUUGCAAAGUGCCGCGAAAGGUGGCCAGAAGCAUCUCCUGUGGGCUGUCCAGCCGGUGGUCAACCAGCAUGGGCAACGAGGAGUCGUCCGUGUGCGAUGUGGCAGAGUCCGCCAGCACCAGAGGCCCUGUGGAUGGGGAGAGCAUGGAGGAAGGCACGCCUGCCUCCUCCGUUGAGUCUCUGGACACAACUGUGGAGGCGAGCGCUCCACUGCAGAAGGAUGAAGAUGCAGAUAAGGGAGUGAAAGGGAAUGGGAAAUGUGACGAUUUCUCAGAUGACCGAAUGACCCCAAACUCUUCAUUGAGUGGGAACAGGCUGGAGCUGGCCCUCAACUUGAUCAAGGCUUUGGACUACAAACCCCUUCAGAGCCCCCGAGGCAGCAGGCUACCUAUUCCUGUGAAGUCCACCUUGCCCCCUCCCAAACUCAGCCGUGACUUGGCAGAUGGCAGCGCUUCUACUGGCUUAGCGUCUGCUGGUUCUGCCUUCCUGAACGCAGACAGAAAAUCUUUUUCCAGAGCUCCUUUGGGUCUUUCCCUGGAGAUUUCUGAACUGCAGGAGCUGUGGGACGACCUCUGUGAGGAUUAUAUGCCACUGCGGGUACAGAAUUUGCAGGAUGAACGUCAGCAGCUGGCUCCAGGUGACCCUGCAGCAGGGGAGCAUGUGUCCAAUCUGUGUGCUGCAGAGCUGCAGAGCAAAAUCCAGCAAUCUGAAGCUGCCAACAAGUUGUUGCAGGAAAAGCUGAAUGAAUUGAAUUUUGAAUUAAAAUCUGUCCAAGAAACGUCGCAGAGGCAAAAUCGUACAAUUCAGAGUCUGAAUGAGGCCCUGAAGAGCAAGGAGAGUAAGACAGAAGAGCUGUACCAUAUCAUUGAAGGGCAGAAUGAGACAAUGGCCAAGCUGCGGGACAUGUUACACAGAAGCCAUCUGGGACAGUUGCAGAUGUCAGAGAGCCCGCUCUCAUCCCAAGAGCAGCAAAUGUCACUGCUAGAUCUUCAGAACACGCUAUUCUGCACCAAGCUGGAGGUGCAGAAACUGAAAAGAGCUCAGCGCCAGAAAGAGCAUCAACUGGCUGAAGCCAGGAGAGCAACCCAGCUCUUAGAGACCACGGUGCAUGAGGAAGAGCAGCAGAAAGAGGCAACCUGGAAACACAACCAGGAGCUGCGUGCUGUGGUACAGCAGCUGCAGGCAGAGCUUCAGGACAAGGCUCAGCAGCUCCAGACCGUGGAGUGGGAGAAAUGCCGUGAGCUGCAGGCCCAGGAGCAGAGAAUUCAGUGUUUGAGUCAGCAUCUGGCUCGCAAGGAACAGCUUCUGCAGGAAUUGAGGGAACUUCUGCAAUGCCAGCAAAGCUUGGACAAGAGCCCUGCAGCCAUGAAUGCCAUGUUGGAGAAACUGCAGCAGCGAGUCAGUGACAGGGAUGCUGCUUUGGAGCGAGCAGUAGAUGAGAAGUUCUGUGCCCUGGAGAAGAAGGAAAAAGAGCUGCAACAGCUCCGCCUUUCAAUAAGGGAGCGUGGAGGCGACCUGGAGAGGCUGCGCAAUGUCCUGUCCAGCAAUGAGGCCACCAUUCAUAGCCUGGAGAGCCUCCUGAAAGCCAAAACCCUGGAACUGGAGCAGGUGUCAGCAACCUGCCAAAACCUCCGCUGGCUGAAGGAAGAGAUUGAGGCCAAAUCCUGCAGCAGGCAGAAGGAGCAGGAGGGGAUCAUCCAGCAGCUGCAGACCUGCCUACAUGACAGGAACAAGGAAGUGGAGGAGCUUACAGCAACUCUGCUGUGCAAGCUGGGCCCAGGGCAGAGCGAGGUAGCAGAGGAGCUGUGCUUGCGUCUCCAGCACAAGGAGAAGAUGCUUCAGGAUCUCCUCAGUGACAGGAACCGUCAGACCAUGGAGCAUGAUGCUGAAAUUCAGGAGCUGCUACAGGCCAUGAGCACCAAGGAGCAGCAGAGCCGAAUGGCUGCUGAGAAGAUGGCACACGCUUUGGCUGAAAGGAGCUGCGAGUUACAACUCCUACGCCAGCAAGUGUUGGGAAAGGAGUCUGUCGGGACCCAGUCUGCUGGUGCCAGGCUGUUGAAGGAUGACAAACAGCCCAUACAAGAAAUGCUGCAAAGAGCUUGUGGAGCUACAGCCAUUGCCGGACCCCCGCAGGGGGACAGCAGCUGCAGGACAGAGGGAGUUACGAUGUCAGCAGCAGAACUGGAGAAGGAUCUUGUUAAUGCCAAAGAGGAGCUGGAGCUAAUGGUGAAGAAGGAAAGGGAAAGCAGGCGGGAGCUUGCUGCUCUCCAGUCUGUCGUGGCCACGCAGGAGGAAGAGCUGCAGGUGCAGGCCUCAGAUAUUGAGUCCUUGACCAGGACGAUCCAGAUCAAAGAGGACCUCAUCAAGGAUCUGCAGAUGCAGCUGGUGGAUCCCGAAGAAAUUCCAGCCAUGGAAAGGCUUACACAAGAAGUUCUGGUUCUUCGGGAGAAAGUGGCCAUAGCAGAGUCACGAGGACAAGAGGCUACUGGAAACAGAAGGCAGCAGUUGUUACUGAUGCUGGAAGGGCUGGUGGCCGAAAGGAAUCGGUUAAAUGAGGCUCUCCAGGCAGAGAGGCAGCUCUACGGCAGCCUGGUAAAGUUUCACACGCACCCAGACAGUGCUGCGAGAGACCGCACUCUGCAGGUGGAGCUGGAGGGGGUCCACGAGCUCCGGGGACAGCUGGAAGAAGCUCUUGGAAGAAGUUUGGAGCGUUUGAGCAGGCUGGAGACACAGGGCGCCAUAGGAGUGACAUCCCCCGCUUGGGUUGAUGGUGGCUGGCCCAAAAGGAGAAGGUGUAUAUGGAAAAGUCAGGCCACGGGCACAGAGGCUGAGAAUGCCAGCACCAACUUCACCCACAGCAUCAAGGAGGAGGCAGCCCACGGCGCGGCAACCCAGCACAGCAGCCCCCGGCCCCCUAAGGAAAGCAGGGGCACUGAAAGGACCCUGAUGGGGAGCAUGGCACCCACCGUGCCAGAGCGGGAGCUGCGGGCAGAAGAAGAGCUGCGGGAACUGAAGGCGCAGCUGGAGGAAGCCGGCUUCUCCUCUGUCUCCCACAUCAGGAAGGCGAUGCUGAGCCUGUGCCUGGAGAAUGCGGAACUGAAGGAGCGGAUAGGUGAAGCCACGUCGCUGCUGGAGAGUGGGGAGCAGGAGGAGGCUGGGUUGGGCAGCUCCCCGGCCCCCGAGCCCCGCAGGCUGCAGAGGAAGAGCCGCAGCACCCUUGGUGGCAGCGGGGAUGGCCAGGGGGUCCCGGCAGAGAGAGGAGCUGUGCCCACCAAACGUCCAGCGCUGGAGGCACGAUCCCAGGAUGAUGUGCCCAAAAGACCCUGCCCUGGCACCUCAGGUGGAGGGGACGGGAGCCACGUGGAGGGUACGGUCCCCAGCGGGGGCUGGCCGGGGCUGGGCGCAGAGCUGCACUCCCAGAUGGUGCAGGGCCACAGGCAGUGCCAGGAGCUGCAGGACAAGCUCGCCGUCUCGGAAGCCACAGUGCGGGCACAAGCUGAGCAACUGGAGAAGUACCACAUCCUGCUCCGUGAACCCCAUGCCCAGCAGCUCAGCAAGCAAGUGCAGGUGGACUUCCAGGACCUGGGCUAUGAGACGUGUGGGCGAAGCGAGACUGAGGUGGACCGGGAUGAGACCACCAGCCCCGAGUGCGAGGAGCCAGAUGUAUUCAGUGAGCCCAGCCUGGGCGAGGAGCUGGGGUCCCCAUGCCGGCCAGGGAUGCCCAAGGUGGGCAAGGCCGCCCGGAAAGCCGUGGCACAGGCAGAUGUGGGGGCCCUGCACCAGCACAUCCAGGACCUCAAGGCGCAGCUGCUCAAUGCCAACAAGGUGAUCCAGAGCCUGCAGCGCCGUGCCCGCUCCAUCUCCGUCACCAGUGGCUACACCUCGGGUGCCGAGCGGCCCCCGCUGGGUCCCGUGGCCCUAGCCUCCCCAGCCCACAGCCUCACUGACGAGGACGAGGGCUGGCAGUCAGACGGCCACGGCACCCUCUGCCCACCUGCCCUGCGGGCACACCGUGACCUGCAGCACCUGGUGCACCGCGUCGCCCUCCUUGAGGCACAGCUGCCUGCAGCCAAGCCUGGAGGCGUUUUGCCUAAGGAGCUCCAAUCUGCCACUUGGCCGGGGAAGUACGACUCGCUGAUCCAAGCGCAGGCUCGGGAGCUCUCCCACCUGCGGCAGACACUGCGGGAGGGCCGUGGGGUGAGCCGCAGCCUGGUCCAGCACCUGCGUGAUGCUCUGCGGUCCUUUGAGGACCUCCUCCGCGGCACUGACAUCGACUACUACCUGGGCCAGGGCUUCCGGGAGCAGCUGGCCCAAGGCAGGCAGCUGGCUGAGAGGCUCAGCGACAAGCUGGGCACCAGAGAUCGACAAGAUGGGGAGGAUAAAACCAGCCAUGAACUCCUGGCAUUGAGGCUCAGCCGGGAGCUCCAGGAGAAGGAGAAGGUGAUCGAGAGCCUGGAGGCGAAGCUGCAGGAGCGCUGUGAGUCCCCAGGCAGCAGCCGCCCACCCUCCGAGUCGUCCCGCUCUGCCACCAGUACCUCCUUCGUCUCCGAGGGGCUGGAGCCCUGCUCUGACGGGGACGCGGCCAGCGAGUGCAGCCAGUGCCACGAGGAGCCCGCCCGACUCACAGGCCUUCACUUUGACUCCUUGUCCAAACCUGUUACUGCCCCCCUGCCUGCCUUGGUCCCCGGGCUGCCCCCCUUCUUACCUGCUGGCCCCCCGCCCCCCGCAGCCCCCUCGCUCCUGGGCUGCUGCGGGACCCGCGUCUGCUCCCUGGCCGAGGCACAGCAGGAACUACAGGUGCUCCGGAGGCAGCUGGGAGAAAGUGUGACGCUGCCCGUGGCACCAGCAAAGCCCUCAGCACCACUGGGGCCCUUCAGAGAGGGCAGCAAAGCCCCCGCAUCGCUCUGCCGGCAUGGUGCCCUGCAGAACCUGGCUGACAUCCCUGGGGCCACCGAGACCCGCACCCUCUGGGACGCACCCCCUCCUGGCCAGCCGCUUUAUGGGGCCCUGCCAUCGGGGUACCCCUCCAGCCAGAAGCUAACAGGGGCAGACCUGCUGGAGGAACACUUGGUGGAGAUCCGCAGCCUGCGCCAGCGCCUGGAGGAAUCCAUCUGCACCAACGACCGGCUCCGGGAGCAGCUGGAACGCCGCCUGGCCUCCACGGGCAAACCCAGCGGGUUGCCCAGCGAUGUCUAUGCCCAGACUUCAGAGCCGGGGCUGCAGCUGAGCGGGGAGAACCAGGCUCUGCGCGAGGACAACCGGACCCUGCGGCUCCAGCGUGACCACCUCUCCCAAGAGCUGGCGCGGGUGCAGGAGGCGCUCCUGGCUGCCUGCUCCCGGACACGGGAGGCUGAAGCAGAGCUGGGCCAGAGGCGUGGGGAGCAGCGGAGGCUGGCAGAGGAGCUCACCGAACGCCAAGAGAGUGUCCGGCAGCUCCGGGACGAGCGGCGCUCUCUGCAGGAGGACAACAACAGGCUGCAGCACACGGUGACGCUCCUGCAGCAGCAGUGUGAGGAGCACCGCCUGCUCCUGAAGACCCUGCGCGCAGAACUGCAUGUCUACGAGAGCCUUCCUCGCCCCCCUGCUGAGAUCCGUGCAGGCUGCUUCCCAUCUCCUCCGGUGCGGGAUGUUGGCAUGAGUUCGGCAGCUCCCCUCUUCUCCCCGCCGCCCUCUGACACUUCGGUGGCCCGGCAGAUGAAGGAGCCACGGGGGGCAGACCCACUGGUGAGGAAGAGCGAGGGACUGACAGGGGCUCAUGUUGUUGGCCACCUGGACACUUACCGGGCCCUGGAGCAGCACAUCCUGGAGGGGAAGACGCUGGCCUGCGAGCUGAUGUGUCUCACGCGCCCAGCACUGGGGCUGCCUAACUGCCCGCGCCCGGGAAAGGAGGUAAAGUGUGGGCAGGACGGGACUGGAGGUGGCCGGGGGCCAUACCCUCUGUGGACCAUGCAUAAACUGGCUCCUGAGCCCAGUAUCAGCCCCAAGGCUUGCAGGGCUGGCAAGCGGCAGGUAGCCUCUACCCUGGGGGCUGUUGCCGGCACUAUCCUGCCAUGUUGGGGUGGGCACGGUGGGUCCCCGGGAACAGCGGGAUGCAGGUGCCCCGGCAGCACCCGCUCCUGCACCCUUCUCCCACAGGCCCUGGGGUGGACGGGCGCGGGCCACCUCUGGGGCAGCGCCAGCACCCUGCACCGCGUCCUGGAGGAGUGCGCGUCCCUCCUUGCUGCCUUCUGGAGCACCGUGCUGCCCGUCAGCCCUGCCCAGCACCAGGGCAAGGAGCAGGCGCUACAGGGCGAGAUUGCGGCGCUGCGGGCCCAGCUCUCCGAGAGGGAGGAUGCUCUGCAGAGCACGGCUGAGCGGCUGCGCAGCACAGCCCAGCUCAAGGACAGCAUGGAGCAGUUCAUUGUGAGCCAGCUGACCAGGACCCACAACGUGCUGCGCAAGGCCAGGACAAACCUGGAGGUGAAGGCCCAGCAGGCCCUGCCCGUCGCGUGAGCCCCAGGCAGGGCAGGGAGCAACGUCCCCAGCCCUGGAACAGCCUGCUCGCUUCCGAGCUGUGUCAUGCCAGAGGGCUGGAGCAGACCCUGUCCCCGUGACUCCAAGAGCUGGGGUGGACAGAGGUCUGGAGUGCCUGGUGCUACACAGUUAGUGGGCUUGGGCUGCUGUGGUGGUCGCAUGCCCUCCACCUGCCCUUGCUUGCCAUCACAGCAGCAGCUGCUGGCUUGGGCUUCGCCUGUCCCAUGCUUCAGCGCUCACCCCUUCCACCCGCGGUGCUUAGAGUGGGGCGUCACAGCCCUGAACGCUGAGCACCUCUCGCCCUGGGACUUGGUCCCAUCUGUAACCCUGCUGCGUACCCAUCCCUGCUUGUGGAUGUAUGUAUAUGUAUAUAGCUAGUGGUAUCGGAGCUGCGUUUUUGGGGGCUUCCCGGUCAUGUUGGGGCCCCAGCGCAGGAGGAAGAUGUAAGAAAUGCCACGUUCUGUUCAGUGCCCGCAGAGUCCCCAAUAAAGGUUUCCUUUGGGUUGU